AUGCGCUUCGAAUAUCUAUGUAAGAAGGAGGAUAUCAUCAACUGUCUGAAAAACGGAAGAGACAUUAAAAAGCUGCGUCAUUUCUCAAUAAGUCGUUAUGGAUUAGUAGAUGACGAUAUCCGAAAAAUGGUGUGGCCAAUGUUGGUUGAGGGCAAUUGUCAGCUUCCAGACAUAGGUAUUGAGGAGUUGGAAAGUCACCCCAGUUACCGCCAGGUUGAAUUAGACACUUUUCGAAUGAACAACUUAAUGCCCAAGGACUUAAGUUCAGAAGAAGUGGAGACUAGGAAGAGAAUUGUCACUCAUCUUGUUAUAUCUGUAUUAAUCGAUAACCCAUCCUUGCAUUACUACCAGGGCUUCCAUGAUAUAUGUUACAUAUUUUUUUCUGUUCUCGGUGAAAAAGAAUCUCGCCAACUGCUUAAUAAACUUGUCCCGACUCAUUUCAGUUUAUUUAUGCAAAAAUCUAUGGACGUUACCCUGGAGUAUAUGCAAUUGAUUUUCGCCUUGUUAGAAUGUGUAUCAACUCCCAUAUUAAAUAGUAUUGAAUCUGUUGAAUUGGGACCGGAUUUCGCUGUCUCCUGGAUCAUCACCUGGUUUGCACAUGUCUUACCAAAUAUGGAUGACGUUAGACGUUUGUUUGAUUUGUUUCUGGCUACAGACCCUAUCAUGUUGGUUUACGUUUCCGUCGCUAUAAUUGCCAUUAGUGCUAAAGAAGUUGAGGCGACUCCAUUAGAUUUCGCUCUACUCUACCAGACACUUGCACGCCUGCCUAAAAUUCAUCCAGUAGAAGAUCUUAUUCAUGAAGCUUUGAAAAUCUACAUUGAUCUAGGUCCAGCUGAGUUGAAUGAACGGGGUAACAAACGAAUUAUUAGGUAUCGUGAACAAAGAAAUUUAAAUAAUCCACCUACUCCUAUUCGUCAAAUUUCGAAAAAGUCUACAACUCAACUAAUGUUAUGUGGAUUAAUGGAACAUCGGAAAACUGUAUUUUCUAUCAGUUUUCUUGUGAUUGUUAUCAGUUAUGUGUUAUCGAGAACUUUAAAAGAAUAA